UUGCGUUCGGAGAGAAGAACGAUGAUUUACGUUGUUUUUAUUCUCUCGAUCGUAGUUUCCAGUGCUUUGACCGAAAAAGUGGCGCAUCCUUAUCUAGCUUAUUUGAGUGUCAAUUACGACCGGACGCAUCAUUUCUGCGGAGCGACAAUAAUAGACGAUCAGCAUCUGAUCACGUCUGCGGACUGUUAUAGCUACGUUGCAGAAGCUAAGAAAAAUUUGUUGAACUAUACGUUAGAAGUGAUCGUUGGCGUUUCGAGUGACGAGUAUAAAUUGACUUAUGUAGUUAACGAGUAUACGAUUCACGAGAAUUACAAUAAUUCAACCCACGCCAAUGACAUUGCGCUAGUUCGACUAUAUAAUUCAAUCCCUGUUAACGAUAAAAUUAGGCCUAUCGAAUGCCUUGCGGUUGAUCUACCUGAAAUAAAUGAUGGUCUUGAAGUUAUCGGAAAUAAAAAAUCAGAAAGCAAAUAUCAGAAUGAUUACAACAUUCCAAAAGUAAUAAGUGCAAAUGUGCAACUUGUACAGCAUGAGCGAUGUAAAGAAUUGUGGCAAGAUAGAAAUAUAGCUUAUGGGACAAUAUGCACGAAAAUGAUUAAUUUCUUUAAUGACAGUGAAUGUAUAACUGAUUCAGGCCUACCAUUGAUCCGAAGCAACGAUCAAUGUUUACUAGGCCUUUUUAGCUUUGGAGAUAAAAAAUGCCUUGAAGGCUCAAAACCAGACGUUUACACUAACAUUGGUACACAAUCACAAUGGCUGUGUCAACUAAUUCUUGAAGAUUAUAACACAGAAAGCCGAAGUGUGCCUGAUCAUAUAACAAAAUUCUGCGGUAUCAAGAAUAAUGUGAAGAAUGAAAAUAAGUUAGGAACGACCGGAAACUUGCAAGAGAAUGGAAAUCCAAAAGAAACCUCGAGUCCAGUAGAUUCAUCUAUACAUGCAGGAUCCUCUGUUAAUGUAAAUGGAAAUGGUAACAUGAAUCCCACAGCUCCCAACCUUGGAGGAAACCUACAGUUUAACGGAAAUCCCGUAGGAUCGGAAGUCGGCAACCCGCAGAUUGCAUUGAAUCCAAUAGAUUCAACAAUCAAUGCAGGAUCUUCGAUUAAAUUAAAUGGAAAUGGUAACAUGAAUCCCACAGCUCCCAACCUUGGAGGAAAUCUACAGUUUAACAGAAAUCCCGUAGGAUCGGAAAUCAGCAACCCGAAGAUUGCAUUGAAUCCAUUAGAUACAUCAAUCAAUGCCGGAUCCUCUGUUCAUGUAAAUGGAAAUGGUAACAUGAAUCCCACAGCUCCCAACCUUGGAGGAAACCUACAGUUUAACGGAAAUCCCGUAGGAUCGGAAAUCGGCAACCCGCAGAUUGCAUUGAAUCCAAUAGAUUCAACAAUUAAUGCAGGAUCUUCGAUUAAAUUAAAUGGAAAUGGUAACAUGAAUCCCACAGCUCCCAACCUUGGAGGAAAUCUACAGUUUAACAGAAAUCCCGUAGGAUCGGAAAUCAGCAACCCGAAGAUUGCAUUGAAUCCAUUAGAUACAUCAAUCAAUGCCGGAUCCUCUGUUCAUGUAAAAGAAAAUGGUAACAUUGAUCCCAUAGCUCCUAACUUUGGAGGAAAUGUGCAGUUUAACAGAAAUCCCGUAGGAUCGGAAAUUAGCUACCCGCAGAUUGCAUUGAAUCCAGUAGAUCCAUCAAUCAAUGCAGGAUCUGCGAUCAAAUUAAAUGAAAAUGGUAACGUGGAUCUCACAGCUCCCAACCUUGGAGGAAACCUUCAGUUUAACGGAAAUCCCGUAGGAUGGGGAAUUGGUAAUCCAAAAAGCGCAUUAAACCCAGUGGGUUCAUCAAUCAAUGAAGGAUCUUCGAUUAAAUUAAACGGUAACGUGGAUCCCAUGACUCCAAACAUUAGAGAGAAUUUACAGUUCAAUGGGAAUCCAGUUGGAUCCGUAAUUACUUAUCCAAGAGACGCAUUGAACCCAGUAGAUUUUCCACUCAAUCCAGGAUCUUCGAUCAAACUAGACCGAAAUGGCAAGGUGUAUCCAACUCCAAACGCUGCUGGUAAUGUACAGUUUAGUGAAAAAUCUCCUCAAACCGAAAUUGUUAAUCCAAGAAGCUCAUUGAACCCAGUAGAUCCAUCAAUCAAUGCAGGAUCCUCGGUUCAACUAAAUGGAAAUGGAAACGUGGACUUCAUAGCACACAACCUCGGAGAAAAUUUACAGUUCAAUGGAAGUCUUGUCGGAUCCAAAAUUGGAAAUGCAAGAGAUGCAAUAAAAUCAGUGGAUUCAACUAUUAAUGCAGAAGCUGGUAGUACAUUGAACGGUAUUGGCAAAGAGAAUAUCGUAGCUCCCAACAUUGGAGGCAACUUACAGUUCAAUGGAAAUUCUGUAGGAUUUGGAAUUGGAAAAUCGAGAGAUUCAUCGAGUCCAGUCGAUUUAUCUAUCCGUGUUGGGUCUAAUAUUAACUUGAACGGCUUCGAUAAGGUGAAUCCUAAAGUCCCUGAUGUAUCUGGUAAUCUACAGGUUAAUGGUAAUAGAAUUGGAUCCACAAUAGCGAAACCGAGCGAUGGUUCGAGUCCAAUUGAUUUAUCUAUGAAAACUGGAUCGCCUGUUAAAUUAAAUAGCAGUGGUAAGGUGAAUCUUGAAUCACCUAACUUAACUGGGAAUCGGCAAGCAAAUGACAAUUCAUUAUCGACGAAGAUUAAAGAAAAUAUAAUCAUUGUUAAUUCUGAUGCCAAUACCGACACACGUUCUGGUGAAAAUGAAUCAAAAGAAACCUUCAAAGACAAAAUUGUUAGAUUUUUUAAUAAAGUGGUUGGUAAUGUAAUUCGAUUCUUCAAAAAUAUUUUUAAAAAAUUCAAAAUGUAUUAAUGAUGAUAUAUUUUAUUGAUAUUUCGGUCAAUAAAUGCAUUAUUCGUAAUCCUAUUGAAAUUGUUGUAACAGGGUUUUCAAUUAUCUCACGCAGUCAUUCACCUUCAUCUAAUAUUUACUUCUUCCGACGUGGAUUAUCGGCAUGUGCUUUAUGUUUAAUGAUUUUCACUCUUGUCAUAAAAUGGUGUAUUUUGAGUCCGACAGUGACAAGCGGUAGAUGGCUCGUAUCAUGUAACAUCUCAAGCUUUGCGAAAAUAGCCUGCACGGCGCCGCACUGUCGAAUGACGACUCGCACUUACUUUUUUCCCCCUUUUUCGCGUUAAAGUAACCUACAUAUUUUGCCUUUUAUUAUUUUUCUAGUACCCAAUUUUUGCGAUUUUAUAUCGUCUCAUACUGCAGGCGUGCAUAGAUUUACACUUAUGGUAAUUUUUUUCGUGCCAUAAAUAGUACAUUAUAAAACUCCGUUGCAUACAUUAUAAGGUAUUCAUAUCACCGAACAGGUAUCAUAAGUAUGAAGAGCAGUGAUAUAAAAUAAUGUACAACGCUCUUGCCACUCGCAGCAUUGUUCGGUACAGCUUUUACAAAUUGCACUAAAGUAAGGUUCCGCCUAUAGAAUCUUUACUAAAAAGAACUAGAAAAGUUUUUAAAUUGUAAGUAAUAAUUACUAAUUGUUCGAAAGU